UAUAGAAAAUUUAACUGUACUUGAUUUAUACAUCUAAACAUCAUUUGAUAUAGACGCAGCUAUGAUCAGGAUUGUGUGCUUAUACGGUCUGUUCGCAAUCUCCGGGGCUUUUAUGUUUGAUAGAGGACCUUGUGACCUCGAGCCCCUCAACGUUCACUCGAAUACCGAAAUACCCGUCCCAAAGACUUGUGCGAAUGGUACAUUCUUAUGGAACUAUCCGAGGGGUCACGUAGUCCUGCUGUUCGAGGACUAUGGAAGGACAACCGCGGUAUGCCUGUAUGACGACGAUGGGUAUUCAUUCAACAUCUAUGACAUCACUCCGGGUCAUCACAUGGCGCAUAUGCAGGUUCUUGAAAGGCAAAGCGACAGGAGGAUGUGUACGGCCCCGGCCACUGGACAACCUGUAAAGAUACGCGUAGACGCAACAGAGAGGAAUGCUUAUCAGGGGACGUUCAAGUUCUACCUUGAGUUAAUGCCAUGAAGUUUUGCACUGAUUGUUGAUCCUCCAAUCAUCCAAUUGCAGACACCAACAUGACGGCCUUACAUGAGAGCCUUCACCUUCAACAAACCGCCAAUAUCUGAAUAAUAGUGACCAUACUGAUUGAUUGAAAAUACAUUAGCAAAGGAACGUAACAUAUAUUGAAUACUUGUUUAUUAAAUAACAGUGAAUUUCAUAGAACUAUCUUGGGUUUGUUCAGUAAUGGUGUAAAGCAUCAUACAACACCGAACCUGACAAACAUACAGUCAGCUGCAAAAACUUUCACGAUGCCAGUAAAUAUUAAUAUAACGAUGUAUACAUAAACCCGUAGUUUUAUUUGAAAAUAUUACGCAUGCUUUUUA